AUGACGGUGCUGUGCCCACUUGAUAUUCCAUCGCUGGUGGUUUUCUGCAUCACUUUCAGUGUGGCAGCUCCCUUCAAUGUGGUGGCACUGUGUGUGUUCAUCAGGGAACUGAGACGCAAACCAACCCCGAACGUCAUCUACAUGAUCAACCUCAGUGUGUCCGAUGGAAUCUUCAGCAUGCUUCUGCCCCUCAAAAUGGCGGAGACCGUGUGGGGCCAGGGAGCAUUGCCAGAGGUCUUUUGCCCCAUCUAUCAUGCUCUCUACCUGGGCAUCAUCUACACCAGCAUUCUGUUCCUUACUGUGCUGGCCAUGGGCAGGUACCUGAGUGUCGCCUUCCCUAUCCGUUACGCAGCGUACAAGAGCCCCCGUUACUCCCGAGUCAUCUGCAUCGUCCUGUGGAUCACUGCGGCAGCUCACGUCUACCUCAUCUUCCUGAUGGAGACCAGAGACUUGCAAGGCCUGGGUGCUAACAACACCACAAUCAGCUGUGCCAACAAUGCAUCAAUGAGUUGUGCCAACAAUGCAUUGAUCUGCUGUGCCAACAAUGCACCGACCAGCUGUGCCAACGAUGUUUCAAUGGGCUGUGCCAGCUUCUCCCGGGGUCCGCUGGACGCCAUGCUGAGGCUGGAGCCAACCGUGGUCCUGUUCCUGGUGCCGUUGGCGCUCACCUCCCUCGCCUACCUUGGCUGCUUCCUAAAGCUGCACCAGAGUGGCCUGGCUAGCCGGGAGAAGUGCAGGGCUCUGCGGGCGACAGCAGCGACUUUGGCCGUAUUCGUGGCCUGCUACACCCCCUUCAACGCCGCCCAGUUGGCAUCUGCCCUGGGAGGGAGCGUGAGCUGGAGGAGGGCAGCCCUGCUCGCCGCUUCCCCCAGCGCCUUCCUCAACCCCCUCAUCAUUUUCUGCUCCUCCUCGGCAUUCCAGUGGAGUGCUGCUGAGGGCUGGCGGGCUGCCACACGGCAUCUCAGGGAGGGCUGGCUGCACUUCCGGCACAGAGCGAUCCCACAAGGGAAGAAGGCAAAUGGAGAACCGGCGGAAACACGGGGUCCGGUUCAAUGA